AUGUUUCUAAACAACACUACGCUUAACACGAGCAGCGGUGAGCUUGAAGACAUGGUUCUGGCAAACAGCGAUGGGAACCAAGCUUUCGUCACAUCUCUCGUGGCCUUGUCAAUCAUCGUAUUCAUGGGGAUCAUAGGGAACUCGCUCGUCAUGGCUGUGGUGGGUCGCAUUCCAUCGAUGAGAACAACUACUAACUACUUACUAGUCAACGUAGCUGUGGCUGAUCUUGUCACCUUGCUCCUCACUGCCCUCCAUGUGGGCCUAGCGAAGCUAGCCAUGGCGCAAAGGGGGCUAGCCCAGAGUGUCAUGUUUUGCAAGUUUAUUCAAGCCAAUACAAUAUCCAACGUGCCUAUUCUCGCGACGGGCUGGACGCUAACCGUAAUCGCCAUCGAGAGAUACAAUGCCCUCAUUCAACCAAUGAAGAACGCCCGCCGACUGACAAAGCACAAUGUCUGGUACGCCAUCGCCGUGAUGUGGGUGGUCUCCAUAGUAAUGUGCCUCCCUCUGCUGAUUUACCUUGACGUGGAUGACGUCACAAGGCAGUGUACCCCUGGGGCCAACAUGCACAAGCUCAAUAUAAGUCUGACAGUGAUGGUGAUCCUGAUGACUCUGGUUCCAUUCAUCGUUAUCGCCAUUUGCUACUUCCAGAUCAUAUCAGGGCUUUACUUCAAAGGGACAAUUUGCACCAAUACCACAAACCCCGAGCUGUACCAUGAAGAACUCGUGGCGAAACGGAGGCUAGUCAAGUUAUUACUGAUGGUAACAGCGUUCUUUUUCUUCACUUUUGUACCAUACGGGGUAGCCAUGAUACUUAGGUUCAGUCUUGAUGCUAAGAAAAAUGCAACAGAAUUACUCGCGCUGCAAGAGCUCGUUAGCGUCCUAUCGUUCUUGAUCCCACUCCACUCAGCGCUCAACCCAGUCCUCUACGCUUUCCAGAGCCGGAACUACCGCGAAGGAUUCUGGAUUGUGACGAAGAAAAUAUUUCGUCGGGAUAGUUUGGAAAGGAACAAUAAUUGCCAAAGGCCUGUAGGAACUAUGGUGUAAAGGAUUUAUAUAAACCGCCAUGGGCGACGAGAUCACAAAAACUCUCGGAAUUUUACCUGAAAGGUCUUCUAGGAAAAUCUAAGCUAAGGGACAAAAGUAAGGAAGGGCGCAAUGGGAACUAUGGUAGCGGGGGAUGGAAAGGCUUAUGUAGUAGCUAUCAGAAGAUUUCACCUCAUUGGACUAAUACAUCACAGACGAAGAAGAGAAUACAAUAGAACACUGAGGUAAUCUAGAUAAUCCUGUUAGGACUUACGAGCGGACUUCUACACUUGGAAAACGCCACUAUCUGCUUCGAGUAGCGCCUUGAGUUAGUGGGUGCAGUUAUUUAUCUUUCCAUUUAAACGAGUGCAUUUCCCAAAUAAUCAAGUAGCGUUCGACCGGAGAAAUUAAAUAGGGUGCUAACUGUAGCGACUUAACGUCUGGGCUUGAAGCACUCCUCAAGUGCUUCCGUGUUUUAACCGAUCAUACGCUGAAGUGUGUAUACUACUUGUACAUAAUGUCUUUUUCAAAUGAGUGAAGAAUAUAAUUAAACAAACCUAAAAAUAUCAGGAUCUAGCUUCGCGCUGAAGAGGGGUUUGAGAUGUUCUGUCACUUUUGGUUUACCAAGGAAGACAAAAUACCGAAUUGCGAAUAAAGAUAAGCAAACACAAA